AUGAUAGGCAUAGUAGUCACUUCUUUUAUUAUUGUGAUUUGUACUAUAUUAUUCUUUUUAAGAAAGAAACCACUCCCAAAAGAGAAAUUUGGGUGUUGGGUUGGUGAAGCACACCCACAUGAAACAAGAGUAAGAAGAGAUAUUAUUGGAAAGGACAAAUUAAUUGACCGACCAGAUCAAGGAUAUACUACAUUAUAUCAACUUAUAGAAUCUUUUCCAACUAAAGGACAAGACCAUUUAAUUGGAUAUAGAGAAGUUAUAGAAAAAGUUCCAUUUAAAACAGUAAAGACUAUGGUACAAGGAAAAGAAAUAGAAAAGACAAUGUAUAAAUAUAAAAUGAGUGAUUAUAAGUAUAUGUCUGAUAAACAAUAUUAUGAAUAUAUUCAUAAAUUAGCUAAUGGAAUAUAUUCUCUUGGAUAUAGAAAAGGAGAUAAAAUAGCUAUAUUUUGUGAAACUAGAUAUGAGUGGAUGGCAUUUGUUCUUGCUUGUGCUUGUAGAGGAAUUAUAGUUGUUACUGUUUAUGCUACACUUGGAGCUGAUGCUGUAGAUGUUGCAUUAAAAGAAACAAACGUAAAAGGAGUUUUAGUUUCAGAAGAAACAUAUGAAAAAACAAUUCAGUUGGAUGUUUAUAAGUCAAUUAAAUUAAUAAGUUGUGACCCAUUAGAAGACACAACAAUUCCAACACUUUCAUCUAUUUUAGAUGCACCAAAAGUUGAAGAUGAUAUUCCAAAAGAAGAAGAUAUAGCAAUGAUUUUAUAUACAUCAGGAACAGCAAAAGAGCCAAAAGGAGUAGUUGUAUUACAUAAGAAUUUACUUUGUAUUACAUAUUCAUAUAAUCAUAUAAUGGGAUAUUCAAAUAAAACACGAUACAUUUGUUAUUUACCAUUAGCUCAUAUUUUUGAAUUAACAAUUGAAUUUUGUAAUUUAGUAUAUGGAGGAUGCUUAGGAUAUUCUUCUCAAAGAACAUUAACAUCAACAUAUAUGUAUGAUAGUGAAUGUGAUAUGAUUGCAUUUCAGCCAUCAUUUAUGAAUGGAGUACCAACAGUAUUUAAUAGAAUAAGAAAAGUUGUAACAGAUAAAAUAGAAAAAUCAUCAUGUAUAGUUAGAUUUUUAUUUAAUAUAGCAUUUCAAUUUAAAAAGAAAUUUUAUGUUGAUUAUCAAUUAAGACCAAGAUAUUUAUUUAUUCCAUUUAUUAAACUCUUUGAUUCUCUUGUCUUUAAAAAGAUUAAAGAAGAAAUUUUUGGUAAAACUUUAUUUGCUGUUAUUAUGGGAGGUUCUCCUUUAUCUGAUGAUCUUCAAGAAUAUCUUCAAGUUAUUCUUGCAGGUGUAGAUAUUAUGCAAGGAUAUGGUAUGACUGAAGCUUGUGGUCCAGUUUCAAAUAUGCUUCAUGGAGAUUUUGCUUAUAAAACUAUUGGAGUAUUAUAUCCACAUUUUGAGGCUAAAUUAAUUGAUGUAGAGGAUAUGGGAUAUACUACUGAUAAAGAAAUACCACAAGGAGAAUUAUUAUUAAGAGGACCUGCUUUAUUUAAAGAAUAUUUUAAUAGACCAGAAGAAACGAAAAAUUCAUUCACUGAAGACGGGUGGUUUAAAACAGGAGACAUCGCACAAAUUACACCUUCAGGAAGAAUUCAAAUUAUUGACAGAAAGAAAAAUUUAGUUAAACAACCAUGUGGAGAAUAUAUUUCAUUGGAAAAAGUAGAAAUGGUUUAUAAUUUAUCAAAAUAUUGUGAUAUGUUUUGUGCUAUUGCUAAUCAAUAUUAUGACUUUACAGUCGGAUUAAUUGUCCCUAACAAACAAUUAAUGGAAGAAUUUGCUCUUGAAAAAUCUAUUAAACUUGAAGAUGUAUUUAAAAAUAGUGAAUUCCAUGAUAUUGUUAUGAAAUCUUUACGUGAAGUUGAUUCUUCUUUAUCUUCUCAUGAAAAAAUUAAAAAUUUCUAUUUGGUUGAAGAUGAAUGGUCAGCAGAAAAUGGUAUAUUAACUGCUGCUUUGAAAUUAAAAAGAAAUUUCAUACAAAAGAAAUAUGAAAAUGUCAUUAAACAAUUAUUUAAUUGA